AUGGAACCCAGUAUCCAGCGUCUGCUCAGUGAUAAACUCUACGACAAACGCAAGACUGGUGCUUUAGAACUUGAAGCCUCCAUUCGCAAUGCAGUAGCAGAGCAGCACACGGAGCGCAUCCCCAAGAUCCUCCGCCAGCUCGUCCACGACUACGCCUACGCAGUCCACCAGCCUCACGCCCGCAAUGGAGGUCUCAUCGGCCUCGCCGCCGCAGCCAUUGCGCUCGGCUCCUCCGUCUCCCCCUACCUCUCUCUCAUCGUCCCUCCCGUGUUGGCCUGCUUUUCCGACCAAGAUGCUCGAGUUCGAUACUAUGCGUGCGAGUCGAUGUAUAAUAUUGCGAAGGUGGCCAAGGGCGAAAUCCUCAUCUACUUCAACGACGUCUUCGAUGCCUUGUGCAAGCUGGCUGCCGAUACGGAGCUGAGCGUGAAGAAUGGUGCGGAACUGCUGGAUCGACUGGUGAAGGACAUUGUCAGCGAGAGUGCGGCAACCUACGCGAGUAUCGUCGUCGAUCCCGCCGCACUCCAGGAUGAGACGCUGGCCGAUGAUGAAGAAGAGACGGGAACAUCAUCAGCGGGGCAACAGACGGCAUUCAGCCUGCCGAGAUUCAUUCCGCUGCUGACGGAGCGUAUCAACGUGAUGAAUCCCUUCACCAGGACAUUUCUGGUCUCUUGGAUCACUCUUCUCGACUCCAUCCCCGAUCUUGAGCUCGUCGUCUAUCUUCCCAGCUUCCUUGGCGGACUGCUGAAGUUCCUUAGCGAUCCCAAUCAAGAUGUCCACACCACUACAAAGGUCGCGCUGGAUAGAUUUCUUGCCGAGAUCAAGAAGAUUGCUGCGGUCAAGAAGGGCAUUGCGGAAAAUCGGCGGAGCAGAGAGCUCUUGAGGAAUGCCAGUGCCGAAUCUGUGGCGGUGGAGAGUCCAACGAUGAGUGAGAAGGCCGAGAGGGAGGACCAUGAUGAGGAUCAGAAACCCAGUUCUCCGGCACAAUUUGAAUCCCUGCCUACCGAUGUGGAAGAGAAAGGCGCCACGGAUGGAGAAUCGUCUGUAACCGCCGCAGAAGGCCAGCAAGACGAUGCAGACGAAGAUGAGGACGACGACGAGGACGAACUCAACGAUGCUGGCGUGGACGAGCACGACUUUGAAGGAGAGUGGAUCCCCGGUCAGGACGUCACCAUCGACUAUCAAAAGAUCCUCGACAUCCUCCUCAACUUUCUCGCCCACUCAUCUUCCAACGCCAACUCCUCGCCUCAGUCCCACUCCUCCGGAUCGAGCGAGCGCGAGAUUCAAACCACCACUCUCCGAUGGAUCGAAAGCUUCCUCAACAUUUGUCCAGAAGACAUCCUAGUCUUCACCCCGAGGCUACUGGCGCAAGUCUUACCAGCAUUGAGCUCUGAUGUGGAGAAGGUGCAAGCAGCGGCGAGUCGGGUCAAUGAAAAGUUGACGUCUCUGGUAAUGGACUUGCCUGCUGAGCCAAAUCAUACCAGCAUAGAUGGAGGGCCGGUUGAUCAAACAGCGGGGAGCGCGGGGAGUCCUCAGUCAUUCGGAGGGAUGCCGGCAGGCGCAGUGACAGCUCCGGGCGGUACGAAAGGCGUCAACGGGAUCGACAAGCCUUCGUCAAACAUUCCCCUUCCUCCAAAGCCAGCGACGUUGAGAAGCCAAACAAGUCCCGAGCGGAUUCAGUCUCUCUCGCCAGCCCAGGAUGUGCCGGCCCCUGAAACACCAACAACGGCAGAUUCAGCUGAGGCCGCACCAAAUGGAGAUCAUUCCGCUCGGACAGAUCUCGACUACGAAGCGGCUGUCAACGCUCUGACCAAGCAGUUCUUGCAUUCACACGAAGCCACGCGAGUAGCCGCGCUGGCCUGGCUGAUCAUGCUCCAUCGUAAAUCGCCCCGUCGGAUCCUCGCAAUCCAAGAUGCCACCUUCCCCGCUCUCCUCAAAACCCUCAGCGAUCCCGCAGAGGCCGUGGUCACCCGCGACUUGCUGCUCCUCUCUCAAAUCAGCAAGAGCAGCGAUGACAGCUAUUUCUCGUCGUUCAUGGUCAACCUCCUUAAGCUCUUCAGUAACGAUCGCCGGCUCCUGGAAACGCGGGGAAACCUCAUCAUCCGCCAACUAUGCCUCAGCUUGUCGGCGGAGAAAAUUUACCGCACGCUCGCCGACUGCCUCGAGCGCGAAGAGUACAGCGAGGACAUCGAGUUCGCGUCAAUCAUGGUUCAGAUGCUAAACAAUAAUCUCAUCACCGCACCAGAAUUGCAAGACCUCCGCAAACGCCUCCGCAACCUCGACACAAGAGAAGGCCAGACCUUCUUCACCGUCCUCUUCCGCGCCUGGUGCGUCAACGCCGUCGCCACCUUCUCCAUCUGCCUGCUCGCUCAGGCUUACGAGCAGGCUUACCACCUCCUGCAGAUCUUCGCCGAGCUGGAAAUGACCGUCACCAUGCUCAUUCAAAUCGACAAGCUCGUGCAGCUGCUCGAGUCGCCCGUAUUCACCUACCUGCGCAUGCAGCUCCUCGAACCCGAGCGCUACCCGCACUUGUACAAGUGUCUGUACGGGGUGUUGAUGCUGCUUCCGCAGAGUUCCGCGUUCGCCGCACUGAAGAACCGCCUCAAUAGUGUGAGCGCUAUUGGCUACCUGCAUAUUGCCCCUCGCGGUGGAGCCGGAGGUGGCGUGUCUGGCUCAACAGGUUCAACAAGCAGCGCGGUGUCGACUUUCGAACGGCAGAAUCGGUUGAAGGGCAGGGAAGAGGGCACGAUCCGGUGGACGGAGUUGCUGGAGAAGUUCAAGGCGACGCAGGAGAAGUUGCGGCGCGCGCAGCGGCGCUUGCUGGUCGGCGAUGAGGAUGAAGAGGAAGAGGAGCGGAUUGAGGCUGCGAGGGCAGAGGGGAAGAGAGGAGGGGAGUAUGUGCUUGCAAGUGCGGUGGGCAGUGCUGGGUUGAACAGUGGUACUGGUAGCAGUGGCGCGCCGCGAACCGUGUCGGCGCAGAGCUAUCAUGGGCAAUCUUCGUUGCAGCUCGGCGUGGCUGCUUCGCAGGCUGGUCGGGAUGCGAAGGGCAAGGAGGCGGGCGGUGGGCAGGCAAGUGGUGGGAAGGCGAAGAGUGGAUUUAGUCACUUGGGGCGGUUGGCGGCGGCGGGGAGGAAGAAGGAGAGGAAGGACAAGUGA